UAUGCCUCGUACUCCCCACUCACUGGACUACAAGGCACUGAACCAGUUCAGACGGAUGAUCCUGUGUGUGAUGCCUGAGAGCUGGCCUAUUCUCGACUACACUGACUACGGCUGCUACUGUGGAAAGGGAGGCUCCGGCACACCUGUGGAUGAUCUGGAUAGGAGCUGCCAAGUGCAUCAUCAGUGUUACAGUGAGGCUAUGCAGCACCCUGAGUGCUGGGCCAUCCUCGACAAUCCGUACAUCGAGUUCUAUGACUACAGCUGUGACAAGAAAAACAGGAAGGUCACCUGUGGCAACAACAACAACAACGAAUGUGAGAUGUUAAUCUGUGAGUGUGACAGGAAGGCCGCCAAGUGUUUUGCCAGAAAGCCUUGGAUCCCUGAGCAUAAGCACCUGCCCAGCGACCGCUGUCGGUGAAGACCACUGCAGCAACUUAGGAAUUUAUGCUUCCAAUUUUAGUUUUCACAAGUGACAGAUCAAUUUGUUUAGGAUCCUCUGCUUAUUAGAAAUAUUCACGUUAUACACUCACAUUCAUGCAUGUAUCCUGAUUUCUGAAUGGGAGUACACUGACUUUGGCGCCCUAAAAACAUCCAUCAUUCCCUCCACAUGCUAAAUUAGUGUUGUUGGCUUUGUAAUUGUGAAGUUAUCAUGAUAAUAAUCACAGUUUGAUCUCAAUCUCUCAUUUCUCCUCACAUGCUGUUUACUGAUGGCCAGUUAUUAAAGGGUAUAAUCAAGCGUCAACCUCUGGAUCUGAAAAGUAAAGCCAAUGUGAAAGUGUGUUAUACCUGCAUUCUUUCUAACAUCCAGAAAG